GAACAAAGAGCUUGCAUCCGAAGGCGAGAACUGCGAGACCCGGAAAUUGUCCAAGUCCGCAUGCUCGCGCGUGAGCCUGGGCCUGCAACUGUUUGAAACGGACGAGAAACAACUAUUGCCGGCGUCACCUCCUGCGGCCGAUCUUCUGCAGGUCUUUGAAGGACAACAGAAAGCGCAGGAGGAUCAUAGUCCCCCCCUCGAUUCCUCGACGGAGUCUCCGGUUUCCCCGCGAUCGCGUUCGGAAGGAAAGAAGAGCUCGAAUGUGUUCGAUUCAUCGUGGUCGUCGCGCCGCCGCCCAGGUCCUCCAGACGGAGUGACGAAAAUUUCGGCAGCCUCUGGAGGAGAAAUAAAGAACUCGUUUCUACUUCCCAAGGCUGGAAACACAAUUGUAGCAAGCUCAAGUGAUGUCGGAGCAGCUAGCUCUCGCGAAGGGCAGUGUCCUCCGGUCGGUCCCUCUGGUGCGAUUCCCGUUCUUUCAGGUUCUGCGCCACACCCGAAUAAAGAUUCUGCAGUUCUUUCUUUUGCAGACGGAAGGGGCGGAAGUUCAGAUGAGUGUGGAGAAUACGAAGUGAUAGACAAAAUCUUCAUGGUGAAGCGUUCGGACGGUUCUAAGGGCAUCCUCUGUAAGCCAAGCAAUAGACCACGAGGCGCCGGCAGAGAUUCAAAAGGCGAUGCGGCAAGUAAGACCAACAACUUGAAUAACAUGAUAGAGGAAGAUGACGACGACGAUCAGCAGCAACAGGGGGAUCUGUUUGACGAACAAAGUAGUCUCAGACAGAACAAGAAAAGUAAGAGAAAGAGUGCCAAGAAGGCUACGACGCGAGCUCAUACAUCGUUUGCUGAUCCGACGAUCGAGAUCUUUCUGGAGGCGGUUCGUUGUGAUCUGAAUCGCAACGAGACCUUCAAGGCAUACUUCCCGGACCAGCAGCAGAGCGACUUCUCUUACCUCAAGCAUACUUUCGCAGACGAGUCUGAGUCAUGGAAGUUGCGGCACGAAGAAUGCGAAAAGUUUCGGAAACAGUAUUGUGAACUCGUUCUCAGCAAACCACAAGUCAAUGCCUUUGACAGCAGCAGCUUCACGGAAGAGGAGAAAGUCAAGAUCCGGAAGAGCUUGCCAAGCCGUUUGCUUCAAUGGGAAAUACUACAGAUGACGGACCACGAACUGGACCGGAUGGAAAAGGAAGACGUUGACAAGCUCGAGGCGCUUCCAGGCUGGUCGUGGACAGCGCUGCCACAAAAGGCCGACGGAAAAGCGAAGGGGGUCCAACUAUCUUUUGCCACACUUGACGACGAACUGGACGACGAAAUGGAGGAAGAAGACGGUUUUGCUGACGUGGCCCACGAUCUCGAUCUCGUCUCCCCUCGAGAGAGCGGCAAGGACGAGAAUCAGAACGGACAGGCGUUGUUGCCUUCGUUUUUUGACCCGGAUGAAGCAAACAAGGAGCUGUGGGCGGGGUCCUUGCCAGUGCGGGAUCAGAAUGAGUUGGGUACUAGCAACAAUCUGCUAGAGGGCAUCAACGGCAACACCGGCGGUGCGGAGCAUCCCGUGGAGCAGGAAGUUCCCAGGCUUGAGGUUGCAGAUGAGAAGCUCGCGGGGGACGGUGAUGUCGUGUGUGGAAAAAUGUGCUUCGAGGACGAACUCGCGGACGAGAUGAAGCCUGACGUUGGUGAAACGAAUAACCAGCCUGCACUUGCUAUCGAGCCAAGCAGCGCGAAGAAAGACACAACAGCCGAAAAAUUAUUACCGGACUCGCCCGAGGUGAGCAAAAACAAGGAAACGGACAAGCGAAGGAAUAACGCAGUAGAAAGUUCAGAAAAGAAGCGGAGAAAGCGCGAUAAAGAAAAGAUGAUGGAAAACCUCCUUGAUCUCCUGAAAAAGAAAAAUCUUGAUCAUCUUGUUGGGGAAGAAGAGCUGAGGAACUGCAUGCCGGAGUUCGAGAACGACGGUGAGAACGCGAGAGGAGACGGACACGAGCACAGUGUCGCAGUUGCUGAGCGAGCAGCUUCUCCAGCUGCAAGGAGAGCCCGCCGAGAGGAUCCAAGCUCCAGCACGCAGAACCCGAAUGCCGUUCCCGCCGGAAACGUCGAGGACAAUACCACCGCGGGGAAAAAAUGCAAAGCUUCACUCGUGUCUAGGCAAAGCAGUACCUCCACCAAAGAUCAUGCGACGUCCGCACAGGUUGGCGGCGUGCUUCCCCGGUUGGACCCGUUUGAAAAACCAACAUCAGAUGCAGAUCCGCUGCUGGCAGCACGAGGAGGAAGAAGCGCAGCAAGUGCUCAAUUGACGAUCGGCACGACGAGCACAGGCGUUCACUCGGGCCUUGGAAGCAAUGCGGGCACCUCUGCUUCGGGGGCACGGUUGACACAUCAGGCCGCAGGGGAGCAUGGGAAUUUCAAGGCUGUCGUAACGGAUUCGCCACGAGAGCAGCGGCCAGGGUUGGAGAAGGAGAUGCAACACAAAAGCGGCGCCGACUCUGCAUACUCUUGUUCGAAGGAAGGCGGGGAAAAACAAAAAGUGCCAACAGCUGGUGGACAACCCGAGCUGAGCGAUGUCGACCGGUGGACGGAGACACCGACUUCGUUUAUUCGCUGGCACACGGUGGGAAGGGCAUGCCUAUUUGUGCCGGAAGAGGUAUGCGGCGGCGAUGCAGUUGAUGCCUCGAAACUCAGCGGCAGACGUGUCACGUACUAUCGGUUUUUAAAUAAAUCUCCGACAGCCGGAGAGCCUGCGCUGUUCGAACUGCGUGACCAGUGGCGCGGAGGCAAGGGAGACCCGCGACGAAAUCUUCUCUCUGGGCGUGACCGCUGGGUGGGACGCACAGUCUUCGAGAAGAAGACCGCUGAAGGACAAGGGACACCCGCUUCGACCUUCCGAGCGCCUCUCCAAGUGAAGGCUCCAGCCUCUACUCACUCGACAACCCAAGAUCCUACCAGUACCACUCACCGACCUGCAUCUCUUUCUCUGGUCAAGCAGCCACGGAAGCGAUCACAGGCCGCGAAACGUGCAGCGAAGGAGGAAGUCGGGCCGGGAAAUUCGCUCCUUCCUGUUGAUGGGUUUUAUUACGACGGAAUAAAGUCGCCAACCGACUGGGAUUUCUCGGGUUUAUACUACGGUCUGCAACCAGCUGCCGCCGCGAAGUCGCGGCCUUGAAUCAAAUAGAGGUCCCCGUUUCUACUAGCCGUGAAUCUCCUUCCGUCGUCGGACCCUUCCGAGCAGCUGUGCAAGUCGAAAGAAGUGAAAAUGUAGCUUUGCAGUGAGUAAAGAACCGACCACUUCACGAGUGCUUGUCUGCGACAUAACCAUGACUGAGUCUAUUGCUGCAUGGCUAAUCACAACCCUGCUCCGUACGACUGCCCAAAUCCAAAAAUUCAGCUGAGGCAGUGAGAUGCGUCUCGGACUUAGUGUUUCACAUUUUCUGGCACGUUACUAGGUGCCGCGGUCGUGUUUUGUACAAAAUGGAUAUACUUCAAGAAUAUCGGUCUACUUUUUGUAAUUCCCGCGAUUUCAUUCAAAAAGAGGAGAAGACGAAGAGCGAUGAGAGUUUGUUUCCAUUCCAU